AUGAAGUUUGUCGUGUUUGCACUCCUUCCUCGAGGCAGUAAUGUUGAUGGCGGGCAGACAAGUCAUUGGCCUGUCAGCCUGCAGCAAGCCGCAGCAACCCUCGGUUCAGCCUUGGUCCUUCUGCCUCCCGCAACACCAAAUUUUACUUUCAGCUUCCUUUCGACUUCAGUUUACAUUCAGGCUUUUGAAAACCGGGUCUCUAUCUUUAAAGUGCUUCCUGCACAUUCAACAGCCUCCGGGAAGCGAAUCGGGACGGACCGUACAUCGCAGACCUUGCACCCCAUGGACCCAUUGUCCAUAUCGGUAUCCUGCAUUACCUUGAUCACGACAAUAACGCAGGUAUCGGUUGCCGUGACAAACUUUGUCAGGGAAGUUCGCGAUGCACGUGGAGACCUGGAUGCAAUCUCUCGGGAACUGGUCUCGCUCAAAUCCGUGCUCGAGCUGCUCGCUGAAGAUACAGAAGGACCUCACACUGCGACAUUGCCUGAAAGAUUGAAAGACCAGAUUAUCGAUAUUCUGAAGAACUGCAAACAUGUUGUCACCGACGUGGAGGCUUCUCUUAAGAAACACAGUGCUUCGCGAUUGGGAAGAGCGGGACAUUGGGCUGUGGGCGGUGGCAAAGGCGAUAUGACGAAGUUCAGAUCAAGUCUGGAGACGCACAAGACUGCGCUUGGCCUUGCGCUCGACAUGGUGGCUAUCACGAUCACUCGGGACAUCAAAGACGAUACCCAGGAGAUUCGCAAGGAUACUGCAGCAAUCAAGGAUGAUACGGCUUUGAUACUUGAGCAAAUCGCCCAAUUGCAAGCUCAACUACCGCAGAACAUCAUGAAAGACACGUCAAAUCAUAUGCUCCACAGAUAUCUCGACGACCUUUCAGACUUUGCGGAGUUAAUGUCCAAUCCACCAGAAGAUGAGCCAGAGAUAUCAAAGACUGUAGACAGCGAGCCCGAAGAUGAAAUUGCAUCUUCACCUACCUCUACUCCAAAGAAUCCUGAGGUCCCUCCUCAUCGUCGACCGUCGUCAUUGUUGAGGGAGAUGUAUACGGAGCCACUUGGCACAUCUACUCCUCGCAACAGCGUCCAGCACAUUUCCAAAGAGCCCUUCAAAUCACCAACGCCCAAACGCGCAUCGAUGCCAACAGCCGCUCUCCAUGCAGGAACAGCUGAAAACCCGUGCUCGAGCAGGCAAGAAGAAGAUGUACCACAAUCCCACCAGAGCUCGAGCCCGCCGUCAUUCCAGCAUCUUAAACCCGACCCCUCCGCCCAAGACGACAAUUCUCCGUAUGUUCCCCGUUCUUUCACGACGCUCUCGAUCUCUCCAUGGGCACUUUCUAGUCGGAACACUUCUACGCCCAUUUUUCCACAAAGCGCACAGGACGCCGUCACUUCUCUCGCUGCCGCACCGAAAGCCCCCAAGAGUCCCGCAAAAGAGACCGGUGUUGUAGACGUGGCAAAAGCAAAGGUCAAUGCUCCACGUGGCAAACAACAGGGUUCUCAAUACUACGUACCGGCGUCGAAGAAACGUGUACGAGUAACCGCAUCGGGACGGGAUGUACCGUGGAGGAACUGGGGGAAAUUGUUCUUGAGCUGA